AUGUCAUCGCCCCAAAAGAACAUACUCCUGCUGAUUGCAGACGACCUUGGCAAGUUCGUGGGCUGCUACGGCUGUGAUAGCAUCACAACUCCCAAUCUAGAUCGGCUUGCCGCUGAGGGUGUCAGAUUCACCGAUGCGUUCGCCAGCACUGCGUCCUGCAGCGGCAGUCGGUCCACCAUAUACACCGGACUACAUACCCAUGAGAAUGGGCAGUAUGGCCUGGCAUGGUUCAAGAGCCAUUUCCAAACCUUUGAUCACAUCGACUCCGCUCCUAAGCUCUUCAAUCAGGCCGGAUACAUGACCGGAGUCGUCGGCAAAAUUCACGUGGGACCGCCCGAAGUGUACUCCUGGACUACCAGAUGGGAGAGCGAGACCAGAGAUGUAGCUCGUGUGGCCGAUGAGGGCGAAGCUUUUCUGAAGUCUGCCAAGGACAGCAACAAGCCUUUCUUCCUGACUGUAGGCUACAUUGACCCACAUCGUGAUAUCAAGACCCGGGGAGAGUUUGGCAACGUUACAGAGCAAUAUGGGGAUCGCAUCUCUUUGCCCGAUGUGAGCAUCGAGGACGUCGAGGUUCCCCAUUGGAUCACCGACUUGCCUCAAACCAGAGCCGAGUUCGUGGAGUACUACAAGGCAAUCAACAGAACGGACACCGGAGUGGGAUUGAUGCUCGAUGCAUUGGAGAGACAAGGUCUCGCUGACGAAACCCUGGUCAUGUUCUGCUCCGAUAAUGGGCCACCCUUUCUCAACUCCAAGACCACACUGUACGACGCUGGGAUCCAUUUGCCGCUCAUCGUUAGACAGCCUUGUUUGAAGGCUGAGAGAGGACUCGUUAAUCCAAACAUGAUCUCUUACAUUGACAUCCUUCCCACGAUGCUUGACUGGGCAGGACUCGAUUUGUCCUUGAAGACGCCUGACAGUCAGUCGCCGGCGAGACGCGGUCGUUCCUUCCUGCCGAUUCUCGACCAAACAAAGCUAUUGGAUGAGAGUUCCUGGCAGCAGCACAUAUUCGGGUCUCACACAUUCCAUGAGAUGCAGAACUACUGGCCCACAAGAGUCAUGCGGACGAAGCGAUACAAGUAUCACCGCAAUAUUGCCUGGCGGUUGGACUUUCCAUUUGCAGCUGACUUGUACGCAAGUUUGAGCUUCGAAGACAUCCGCAACAUGCAGCCACCAGUUAGAGUUGGUGAUCGUGCUUUGAAGGAUUACAUCUUUCGCCCACCCGAGGAACUUUACGAUCUCGAGAAGGAUCCACAAGAAGUUAGGAAUCUUGCCGGUGAUACAGCUCAUCAAGAACUUCUUGUUGAAAUGCGGGAAAAGCUUAGCGAAUGGCAAAAGCUCACGGGCGAUCUUUGGCUUUACAGAGAUGGACAGAGCGUGACCGUUCUGUCGAGAUAUGCUAGAGAUGGACUGGAAAUUCCAGAUCGACUUGACUUUGAUGCUGAUCAGCCAAGUACGAAAAAUGUACCUAUGACGAAGCAUCUUGCUGCAGACGCAUAUGGCAGCGGGUCGCAAAUCUACUGA